UUAGAAACCGUCCGAUUAAAAAAAUAGAUGAUGAACGGCGAGGAUCCGAACCCGACUUCUCACUCUCUCUCCCCAAUCAGGAUACCAAUGAGUUCAUUCUCUCUCUCUCUCCAAUCAGUACACCUAUCGGCUCAUCUGCCCCCACCCCGUCCAUCGAUGGCCUGCACAGCGGAAGAGCAAGAGCAACGCAGCAGUACUCCUCUACUCCUCAGACACAGCGGCGGCGAUCGAUCCCUCUCCUUCCCCUCCGCCCUUGCCUCCAGCUUCCGGCUGAAAACGACGGUGUGGGCGGAGCUCGGCGGCUCCGUGGGGGACCUCGGCACCUACAUACCCAUCGUGCUCGCCCUCUGCCUCGUCAACGGCCUCGACCUCGGCACCACGCUCGUCUUCACCGCCCUCUACAACGCCACCACCGGCCUCCUCUUCGGCAUCCCCAUGCCCGUCCAGCCAAUGAAGUCCAUCGCCGCCGUCGCCAUCUCCGAAUCCACACCCCUCUCCAUCCCGGAGAUCAUGGCCGCCGGUCUCUCCACCGCCGCCGUCCUCUUCCUCCUCGGCGCCACUGGCCUCAUGUCCUUUCUCUACCGCUUCAUCCCCGUCCCCGUCGUCCGCGGGGUCCAGCUCUCCCAGGGCCUCUCCUUCGCCUUCUCCGCCAUCAAAUACAUCCGCUACGACCAGGACUUCGCCGCCGCCAAGUCCGGCGGCCCCCGCCCCUGGCUUGGACUCGACGGCCUCGUCCUUGCCCUCUCCACCCUCCUCUUCGUCAUCCUCGUCACCGGCUCCGGCGAGAACGACGAGGACCGGCAUCGACAAGGGCAAUUCGAAUCCCCUCCUCACGGCUCCUCCCAUCGCCCUCAUGGCCGCUGCCGGAGGAGGUCAUGCAUCCCUUCCUCGAGGAUCCCCGCCGCGCUAUUGCUAUUCUUGUUAGGGCUGGUCCUCUGCUUCGUUCGAGACCCAUCCAUCAUCGGAGACCUCAGAUUCGGGCCUUCGAAGCUCCAGAUCGUGAGGAUGACGUGGGACGACUGGAAGGUGGGAUUCUUGCGGGCGGCGAUCCCGCAGAUCCCCCUCUCGGUGCUCAACUCGGUGAUCGCCGUGUGCAAGCUCUCCGCCGACCUCUUCCCGGACCGGCAGGUGUCGGCGGCGGCGGUGUCGGUGAGCGUGGGGCUGAUGAAUCUGGUGGGUUGCUGGUUCGGGGCGAUGCCCGUCUGCCACGGCGCCGGCGGGCUGGCCGGGCAGUACCGGUUCGGCGGGCGGAGCGGGGCGUCGGUCCUGUUCCUGGCGGUGGGGAAGCUGGCGCUGGGGCUGGCAUUCGGGAGCUCCUUCGUCAGGAUCCUGGGCCAGUUCCCCAUCGGGAUCCUCGGGGUGCUGCUGCUCUUCUCCGGGAUCGAGCUGGCCAUGGCGUCGAGGGACAUGGGCACCAAGGAGGAGUCCUUCGUCAUGCUCGUCUGCGCGGCCGUCUCCCUGACGGGGUCCAGCGCCGCGCUCGGGUUCGGCUGCGGGAUUGUGCUCUACCUUCUCCUCAGGCUGAGGGAGCUCGACUGCUACUCUCUCCUUCUCGCAAAUCGUGGUGCUCCGAUCGGGGAGCAAGCUGGGGUCUAGUCUGUUUUUUAAUAUUGCGUCAGGAAGAAUAAAAGAAAAGGCUUGGUCUUUCUAUCAU